AUGCUGAUUUUGAUAUGUGUUUUUCUUCUUGGUUUAACUUUUAACGAAACAAAAAGUAAAAUAGUUACCUUAUUUUCAUCAGGUAAAAUAUUAAAUAUACCAUCAUCAAAAGACUAUAUACAAGUUCUAAGACCCUUUUCUUAUGGAUAUAAUUCUACUCAUCUCUGGUCACUGCGUUUAGCCGAUGAAAAUUAUUUUCGUCUAGCCAAACUUUUACCAUGUCGUUCUGUUGAAUAUUACGGUGGACCAAAAGUUGAUAAGAUUGAUUCAUGUGAUCAUUCAGCAACAAAUGAAUUUUCAAUACAGAAUACCUUGCAAGCACAAAAAUGGCUUUAUGAACAUCAACAUCCAAUAGAUUGUACAAAUAAACGCUUUGCUGUUAUUCAAAAUUAUGCUGAAUCCGGUUUUGGAUCAACUAUUCAUCAAAUUGUUUGGGCAUUUGGUGUCGCACUGGCAGAUAAUAGAAUUGCUGUAUAUCGAAUUCCUGGAAAUUGGCUUUAUGGCGAUUGUAAUUCAAGCUCACCAGAUUGUGUUUUUCUUCCAAUAACUAAUUGUUCAAUUCCAUCCAAACUUGAUGGUAAUCAAACAAUUACAGUCAAUGCUAACAUUGGUCAUUGGUCUAAGCCUAUUAUUCCAUCUACAUUUCAAAAUCGAACUUUUAAUUGGUAUCGUGCACAAUUAUUAUUUUAUUUAAUGCGAUAUAAACCUGAAACAUUAGCUUAUGCACAGCAUACCAUAGCAAAAUUUUUUAAACCACCUUCAAUUGAUCUUCAGCAUCCAUACAUUGCUGUAUAUGUCCGUCGAUCAGAUAAGGUUAGGAAAAAAGAAAUGUCUCAAUCAUACACACUCAAACAAUAUUUUGAUUUAUUUGAUGGUGAUGCUCGACGAGCAAAUAUAUCUACAAUCUAUAUUAAUUCUGAAGAUGAAAAAGUAUUCAAUGAAUUUGUGAAAAUAAAUAAAGAAAAACAAGGCUAUUAUAAACUGUUAAGCAUAACUGUAGAAAGAAAUAUUGUUUUUGCAUCAUUAACUCAUAUGACAAAAGAACAACGUGGAAAAAUUGUUCUGGAAUUUCUUAGUGAUUUAUUUAUUGAAGUCAAUGCAGAUUUGCAUGUUGGUACAUUAACAUCGAAUUGGUGCCGGUUGGUUGACGAAAUAAGACUUGUACUUGGGAAAAUAAUACCUUUUAAUACUCCUGAAAAAAAAUUUUUGAUGGAUUGGCGACGAUGA